AAAAUGGACGGCCGGAAUGCACCGAGCGGGCGGCACUGAAAAAUUUCUCCAAACGACCUCCACCUAGAUUCCUUGCGGCUGCUGGCAUGCAGUUUAAGGCCUUGUUUGGGCAGUGAAUUGGGAGUAGUAGUUAGUUUGUCACAAAACCCCAACCGUCUCCCCCCCCUCCUUCCUUCUUCCUUCACAGAGAUGGAGAAGAAUUACAAAGCCGUAUCUUGGUGAUUACAUGCACAGAGAAAACUGUACACGCACUCGCAGCUAUACUUUCUUCUGUAUUUGCUUGUGCGACUGUUUAAUUUGCUGCUCCACUGAAAGAAAUGUCCGACGAGAUAGGCGGUCUUACAAAUGGAGAUUCUUUGGAGAAGCUCAGGGCUCUCCAUAUCACUUCCCUCUACGACGAAGCUCUAGUUAACGCUGGUGGUGAUUUUUCCGAUGACGAAGAGCUAUUACCAGUAACGCUAGGUUUUCUUGAAAAGCCUGAGAAUCGUUGCUCACUUGUGCGUCAGGGAUUUCCAAGCAAAGCUGGGGGAGUUCCUGCUUGGUUGGAUCCUGUUAGUUUGCCCUCGGGAAAAUCCUGUCUUUGUGAUAUUUGUGUCGAGCCUUUGCAGUUUCUGCUUCAGGUUUAUGCACCACUCUCUGAGAAGGAACCUGCAUUUCAUCGUACACUCUUUGUAUUCAUGUGUUUAUCAAUGGCUUGUCUUCUCCAAGACCAACACGAACAAUGGAAACGUAAACCAGAGAAGGCAUCUCUUAGUGUGAAAAUUUUUCGUUGCCAGCUCGCCCGCUCAAAUCCUUUUUACUCAAGUGAACCCCCAAGGCAUGAUGGGACUGACAAACCUUCUGGAACUGGAGCUAUACUCUGUAACUGGUGCGGUUCCUGGAAAGGAGAUAAAGUUUGUAGUGGCUGUAGAAAAGCUCGUUAUUGCUCAGAGAAACGUCAGGCUAUGCAUUGGUUGGCAGGUCAUAAAAGUGAAUGUCUGCAGGCAAGCAUUUCUCCUCAGUCAUCUAACAUUAGCCCCACGAGCAGUUCAGCAGAGACAGAAAAAGUUGCAAGCGACAUCAUAUGGCCUGAAUACGAGAUCAUAAUUGAGGAUGAAUAUGAAUUUGAAAUGGAGACAUCUGAAGAUAUUAGUUAUGCAAAUUCCUUGGUUUCUAGGAGCCAAAUGGAUGAAACGGUCAAGUCAUUGUUGGACAACUUUGAGGGAGAUGAUGAAAGAAAGAGUUGGGCCUCCUUCCAAGAGCGCAUAGCCAGGGCCUCAAAGCAAGUUUUGAGGUAUUGUAGGUUUGAAAGAGCUAAACCCUUGUGGCCCAUGUCUAGUGGUCGGCCAUCAAAGAAUGAUAUUCCUAACUGCGGCUAUUGUGGUGGCCCUCGAGGUUUCGAAUUUCAGAUUUUGCCACAGUUGCUUUAUUACUUUGGCGUGAAGAAUGAAGUCGAUUCUCUUGACUGGGCAACAAUUGUUGUCUACACAUGCGAAGCUUCUUGUGAGGAAAGUGGGCGUUACAAAGAGGAAUUUGGUUGGGUUCAGCUUGCUUCCCCAUCUGCUGCAGUACAUUGACGAUACAUGGGAAUUGGGAUGUUGACAAGUUCAACAUCAACAUCAACCUCAACCUCAGUUUGUUUAAAGUGAUUGAGAUUUGAAUAUUACUAGUAUUUGUUUUUCCAACUUGUUUUCCCAGUUGGGAUUUCUCUGAGAAAUCUUUUUUCUUGGUGGUUUCAUUUAGGAUUUUUUAUGUAAAAAUAUCCCUAUUGCGUGAUAUAUGACCAGAUCUCUCAAAUGAGAACAUUCUUUUGCAUCA